CAAAAGGCUAAUAUGGUCUUUAUUUUGUUUUCUGUAAUGAAAAUUAUUAUAUCAGUAAUACAUGCUCUUUGUAAAGAAUUUGAAUGAUACCUCAAAAAUAUUUUUAGAAAGUAAGACACAUGAAAUCCCAUCACCUUGAGAGAAAUACCACUGACAUUGUAGUAACCAUAUUUUCACACACACACACACACACACACACAAACUAUACUUGUACAUGUAUACACAUAGAAUACUAUACAUAUAUACAUACUAUACUAUAAAUAUAUACAUAGUAUAUAUGUGUGUAUUUAUAUUAUAUAGCUACAUACAUAUAGUUAUUUAAGAUUACAAGAUACGAGUGGUUUUAUCAUAGAUAUUUUCUCCUUCCCUCUCACUCCUCUCCCCCAUAUCCUUCAUCCCCUACCCUCUAGAUUACCAUAUUAACAGCAGGUUGUGAGUGUAGAUAGGUCAAGGGAUAAGUAGGAGUUAAGGAAAAAAGAACAGGUGACAGGCAGCCCAAAGAGAACACCACAUGCAAAGGCAAGGAAGCAAGAGCUUAUUAGAGCUGUGGCUCUUGAAACUUUAAUGUGCAUACAGAUCACCUGGGGAUCUUGUUGAAAUAUAGAUUCCGAAUCAGCAGAUCUGGGAUGAGGCCUGAGAUUAUGCAUUCCUACAAGUUUCCAGGGAAUGCCCAGGCUGAUGGACCACGCUUUGAGAAGCAAGGAUGUAAACUAUUGUGCAGUUCAAUGUAGUAUCUACCAGCCACAUGUGACUUUUAUUUUUAUCUAUUUAUUUAUCUUAGAUGUCUUGCUCUGUCACCCAGGCUGGAGUGCCGUAGUGCCAUCAUAGGUCACUGCAGCCUUGAAUCCUGAGCUCAAGUGAUCCUCUUGCCUCAGCUGCCUGUGUAGCUGGGACUACAGGCCUGUUCUGCCAUGCUUGGCUAAUUUUUUUUUCUGUAGAGAUGGAGUCUUGCUAUAUUGUGGCAGCUGGAGUGCAGUGGCUAUUCACAGGCACUGUCAGAGCACACUGCAACCUCAAACUUCUGGCCUCAAGGGAUCCUCCCACCUCAGACUUCUGCCCACGUAGCUGGGAUUAUAGGCAUACCACCACCAGGCCCAGCAUGACUAUUUAAAUUUAAAUUAGUUAAAAGUAAAUGAACUUUAAGAUCCAGGUCUUGUGUUGUGCUAGUCACAUUUCAAGUACUCAAUAGCCACAUGUGGCUACCAUACUGGACAGCAGAGAUAUAGAAUAUUUCCAUCACUGCAGAAAGUUGUAUGGGACAGUGCUGGACAGCAUUCAGGGAACUGCCAUUAGUUCAGCAUGGUUGGAUCAUAAUAGGUAUGUGGGAAGUGAGAGGAGGAAGUAGAUAGGUGGAGGUUGGUUUUGUUUCUGGUGGCAGUAAAGAGCCAUUUAACAAUUUCCAAUGGAGAUGACAGCAGUGUGGAAGAAUUCAUAGGGAAGGGAACACUGGAGACAGGGAAGCUGAAUGAAGGUGGAGGCUACUGCAGUGGAUGAUGCUGAAAGUAAAUGAUGGAGCUAGAACUAAAGUACAAGCAAGGGCUGGAAAGAAGAGGCAGACUCAUGGAUGGUAAAUAGGAAGAACUGCCCGCAUGGAAGAAGAUGAGGAAGUAGGAGGCUGAGAAAUGGAGGAGGAGACUGAGAAAGGAAAGCAUUUGCGCUAAGUCCUGGACAGCUGGGCUAAGGAAUUGUUAUUUUUCAAGACAGAGGACACAAAAAGGAAGUGGAGGGGUGGAAGAAGAGAAUAAACUCUGGGCCAAAAGAGUGAUUUUGUGGUGUCUCUGGGAAAUCCAGCUGAGAAUAUCUGGAGGGCUGGUGAGUAUUCUUCUAGGUCCCUUUAUUCAACUUCUGACAGAUUAAAUUUGGAGAGACUGAACUCCCUCAAAUUGGACAGAUUGGCCAGGCGUGGUGGCUCACAUCUGUAAUGCCAAUGCUUUGGGAGGCUGAGGUGGGAGGAUCACUUAAGCCUAGGAGUUGAAGCCUGCCCCAUGAGCUAUGAUUGUGCCACUGCACUCUAGCCUGAGUGAUAGAGUAAGACCCUAUCAAAGGGAAAAGAAAGGGAGAGGGAGAGAGAUGAGAGAGAGAGCAAGAAAGAGAGAGAGAGAGAAAAGAAAAGGAAGGAAGGGAGGGAGGGAAAGAAAAGAAAGAAAGAAAAGAAAGAAAGAAGGAUUCAUUAGACAUACUAAUUUCUCUAAAAAAAUUAGGCCUAAUAAUAAACCCAAUUGAAACAAUUCUUUUUAAACUGCAUUAUAAGAAUUUUUAGUACCAAAUAUAUAUUAUCUUGAACCUAACUCAAAAGCAAUUAUAAAUCAGUUUAUUUUGUUCUAUUGUCUCUGUAUUUAACAGACAUUUCUCCUCUAAGCCCAGUGAACAGUUUUACUAUUUCGAAUGAACUGUUUGUAAGUUCAUUGAAUUGAGGUAUUUGGCCAGAAAUGUGAAGCCUUCAGAUUAAGGUGAAUUUCUCUUAAAUCAAACACAAAUAUAAUUCUUUCAUAAUUCCUUCCCAUUUUUAUCCCCUGAUUUGGGGAGGAGGGAAGACAUUCUGCACAACUACCCCCAGCCCCUGCUAGGUUGCUGCUGAAUUCCUGCAUUAGUCUCUUUACUAAGGAGAUUUACUUCUCUUUUCCUAUAUUUUCCCAUGUUGCCUGACCACAUUCAUUGCCAUAGUUAAAGGAAAGGUAAUAUCUCUCAGCUAUCCAAAGGGACUAUAAAAAGAACAGAUUCCAACUACAGAUAUGUUUGGAAGACUCUUGAGAAAGGUGAAGGGACAACAAACUGGUAUUCACUCUCCAAUUUCAACAAGAUCCUAUGAAUAUCUGCAAGAUGAUGACUAGGUGCUAGGGUUUAUUGGUAAAUUUUACUCAACUUCUUCUUCCCACCAAAACCACCUUAAUCACACCCGAAACCACACCCUGCAUCAGAUCCUAUCAUUCCCCUGUUAAAACACACACACACACACACAACAAACAAACAAACAAACACUUGAACAGCUUUCCAUCAUUCUUAGCACAAAGUAUAAACUCUUUCAUAAAUACAAAAAUUAACCAGGCAUGGUGGUGCGUGCCUGUAAUCCCAAAUACCCGGGAGGCCGAGACGAGAAUAGUUUGAACUUGGGAGGUGGAGGCUGCAGUGAGCCAAGAUCGUGCCACUACACUCCAGUCUGGGCAACAGAGCGAGACUCCAUCUCAAAAACAAAACAAAACAAAAAAACUCUUCCAGGGUUUCCUGCAUGGUCUGGCCCCAAGCCAUUCUCAUCUCAGGCCACUCUGCUCCUUAAGUUCCAUUUCUGGGAGUCCUUAAACAGGUAAAGCCCUUUCCUGUUUUACCUUGGGGCUCUGGACGAGUUGUUCUUUCUGUUUACAAAGCCACACCCCACCAGAGCUGCCUGUCUUGAUCUGUUAACCAAGUGUAGGCUAUUUUUUGGUUUCCCUUCCUGCUCCACCCCCAACACCUGGGGAAAGGCUAGGUAGCAUGUUGUUUGAGGGGCUCUGCCUUCAGGCUGCUUGAGUUCAAAUCCUGGAUCUACCACUGGCUAGCUGCUCUGUGACUUUGGGCAAGUUACAUAACAUAAUUAUUUCCCCAUCUAUAAUUUGGAGAUGAUUAAAUAUAUUUUGAGGAUUAGAUUUGUUAGCAGAUGGUAAGUACGUGAAACAGCAAUAGAAGUUCUCCUUUUAGCAUAUACUCCAAUUUUCUUCUACUUAUUUGUUUGCCAAGUUUGAGCCUGUUACCUUGAGAUUGCUAUGGUUGCCUUCUCAACCUCCCCAACUCCUACCCUCCAACUGAUUAUGGUCUACUUAUUGGACUCUGUAAAUGAAUAAAGAGGGAGCAUGAGGAAAGGAGGUAGUCCUUCUAGCUUUAGGAGAGGCCAUGGGAGUGAGCUUGUUGAACAAGACAUGGUCGUGGCUUCUCUUUAAGCUUACGGUUUAGGCGGACACAGAUGAUGAACACACACCGGAUUAGUGUGGCUUUAGGAAAGGGAAUCUCAGGGCCUUAGGCCAGCCCUGGAGUAACCUCGAUGCCCUCUCCAGAAGAGAACCCGAGGAAGGGUCUAGGGCCCAAGAGCACCAAAAUCACCAACGCAGGGGAUUGGUAGGUAGCCUGAAAAAUCUAAUUCAGAGAAGGAUGCUCCGCGCGCAGACAUGGCUUAUCCCAGUGCUACUGCAAGAGCCACACCUAGGCCGGCCCCGGACACCGACAGCCAAUGGCCGGGCCCGUCCCGCCCCAUCCGGGAUUGGCUGUGCGUGCCGCGGCCCUCCACCCCGCCCCGCUCAGGAUCUUCCCGGGAUUGGCUGAGCUCCCCGACCUCUCCAGGGAUCGGCUGCGCGCCCCGCCCUUGCCCAGAGUCUUCCCGGGAUUGGCUGCGGGCCCCGCGACCCUCCUGCUUCCCUCACCGCCCCGCCCCGCCCCGCGCCGCCUCUCUGGUUUGUGCGCCCGGCGCAGGUCGCAGGCCUCUUUGUCAGCUGGAGUUGCGCGGGCUGACGCGCCACUACUUUGUAGCGGGUUUCGGGCGGGCCACGCGUGCGGCGACAGGAACCCAACCCCAGCCGACCUUGAGUUCCAGGAGUUCGUCUCUUACGUCUGCGGAAGUGCAGCUGCCUCAGUUCUUAGCGCAGGUUGACAACUACAGGCACAAGCCACUGAAACUGGAAUGUCCUGUUGGUGGUAUUUCAAUUGACUUAAGCCAACUAUCCCUUCAGUUACAUUAGGAAAGUGCCUCUAAUAAGGCCAAAUAUGCGUACUAACUUGUAGCAACCACGUGUCCGUGCAGUACCACAGGAGCUAGAGCAGUGACAAUGCUGGUGGCAACAGGGCAGUGUAGCAGGUGCUUCAUGUUCACCUUUUCAACCUUUUCAUUUAAUUGUCACAACUCGGAGGUGGAUUCUGUUAGGGACAGGCUGCCCCAGGACCACCCCGCCCCCGCUAACUCAAUGCAGCUGACCCUUACCCUGAAUACUCUGCAGCUGCAUUCCUGAACCGUUAUCUAGGCGCUAUAGCAAGGUCACCAGACUUGCUACACCGAAGCCCUCCGGGUGGCACGGGGGAGGUCAUGAGAAACGUGGAUAAACCUAGGUUACACCCCCUUGUAAAUUCCUGUUUUCACAAGAUAAUAUAUUGUAAGCCGGUCAUGAGAUUAUAUGUGGUAAAGUUAAUUGACUAACAACCGCAGGGUCUCUCUCCGCCAUAUAAACCCCUCAUUUUGUAAGCUCAGGGCUGCCACCUCUGACUGGUGGAGAAGCCUGGCAGGUUAAUAAACUUACUUGGCCUGA